ACACCUCCCUCCAAAACCAAUCAGCCCACCGCAGGGGUGGAGGGCCAAAGCUAUAUCAGUUCCCAUCCCAAACAAACAGAUUUAAACUGCAGACCACCAGAAAGAGAAACUAUCGCUGCAGGUUAUCUUGGAUUUAAGGACGUUUUAUUCAAAAAGUCACUAAUCGUUCUGCUAGCAUAGUGUAAGAGGGAAGUAUAACUGCAACCAUGGCACCAAUUCUGCUGAACUGCAUGGGGCAAGAACCCAGUGAAUACAUAGAGCAGGAACAGUAUGUGAAAAACCCACACCUGGACACCAUGGAGGAGGACAUUCUCUACCACUUCAAUCUCAGCACCAAGACCCAUAACCUGCCCGCCAUGUUCGGAGACACUAAGUUUGUCUGUGUUGGAGGCAGCCCCAAUAGGAUGAGAUCUUUUGCUCAGUUCAUUCAUCAGGAGCUGGAGCUGCCUGGCAGUGUGGACAACAUCAGAGACAUUUGUGAGGAAACUGACCGCUACUCCAUGUACAAAGUGGGACCUGUGCUCUCCAUCAGUCAUGGCAUGGGUGUGCCCUCCAUCUCCAUAAUGCUGCAUGAGCUCAUCAAGCUGCUGUACCAUGCCCGCUGUCGUGAUGUCAUCCUCUUCCGCAUUGGAACCUCCGGUGGAAUCGGCCUUGCCCCCGGCACCGUGGUGAUCACUGAUAAAGCAGUGGACUCGUUCUUCCGGCCCCAGUUUGAGCAGGUGAUUCUAGGUAAAGUGAUCAUCAGGAGCACUGAGCUGGAUGAAGAAGUGGCCAGAGAGCUCCUUCAACGUUCAACUGAGCUGCCCAACUUCCCCACAGUCAUCGGAAACACCAUGUGCACUCAUGACUUCUAUGAAGGGCAGGGCCGACUGGAUGGUGCUCUGUGCUCAUUCUCCACUGAGGAGAAGCUGGACUAUCUGAGGAAGGCUCAUGAGGCUGGUGUCAGGAAUAUUGAGAUGGAGUCCACAGUAUUUGCUGCCAUGAGUCGUGUCUGCAACCUUAAAGCUGCAGUGAUCUGUGUGACUCUGCUGAACCGGUUCGAGGGGGAUCAGAUCUCCACACCUCAUGAUGUUCUGGUGGAGUACCAGCAGAGACCUCAGUGUCUCGUGGCCCACUUCAUCAAGAAACGGCUGGGACUUAUCGCCUAAAUGCUUUCAGCUGCGUCUGAUUAUCAAAACACAUUCACCAAGAAUCAGCUGCAAAAUGUGAUCACCCAAAUGAAUUUGCCAAGAAUUACCCUAAUUCCCAUGUGUCAACCACAAGUAAGGCCCAUCGCACAAUCCUAUUUGGCCUGCAGAUUUAUUUCAAUUUUCUAUUGAUAUUAGUGCAUUUCACCAUGAGCUGUACUACAGUUCACCGUGUGCCACAGUGCCUAGUUUUUGUUCUGGCAUAUUUUGAAUAAACAUUGGCCAGUUGGGGUCGUGGCAAAAUGUUAAAUAAAACUAAAGUAAAAACACAACAGGCCCACAGAUUUCUUGAGAUUUUUUAAUAUGGCCAUUUUUGUGGUUAAGUUUGACACCCCUGCCCUAAUUCUUUCACCAAGAAAUGUUUAAUGAAUGCCUAAUUUGGCUUUUUACACAUACUCAAGUUCCCCAAACCCCAACAUGCGCCAUUCAACUUGAAAACUGAAUAGCAGCAUCAGCUGAGGUGGAGCUCUAAGCUCUAAACCAGCGGUCACCAACCCUGCUCCUGCAGACUGAUCCAUGUGAUCAUUGCCUCCAGAGGUCUUUGAUUAGCUGAAUGAGGUUUGUUGGAUUUGGGUUGGAGGUGAAACCUACAUAAAAGUAGACCUUCCGGAGGAGGUUUUGUGCCCACCGCUCUCAACGAUGCAGUGCUGUGGGACUAUAAUACAACAUCGCUGACCUAGAUACAUUAGACCUUCUCCUUCUUUAAGAAACACAUGGGCAUCAUCAUUCAGAAUCUAAGAACACUUAAGAAAGCCUGGAAACAAACUUGUGCUAAACUUAUGCUAGUGCUGUGCUUUGACUUCUGUACAGUGUAAAUAGAGUUUCAUUUGUCUGUAUUUGUAUUAUUUAACACAGAUGCUGCUCAGAUGGACGUUGAAACUCCAUGCUUUGCUUAUGAAUUUGUUAUGUAUGUAUUGUAUUCUAAAUGUGCAGAACAAAUGUGCUUUAUAAACUAUUUUUUAUUUGCUGUUAUGUGUGAAACAAAAUGCAUGUAAAUGUGCUUUGUGAAUAAAUAUAGUGUUAAAACAA